AUGAACGUACCAGAAGCGCCUAUCUUCCCCCUUCUUGAAGGCAAGGUUGCCAUCAUCACAGGCGCCGCCCAGGGCAUGGGCAAGGCUACCGCUUCUGUAUUUCUCCGAGCAGGGGCCAAGGUAGUCAUUGCCGAUGUGAAGGCAGAGCAGGGUGCUCAGGUCGCAGAGGAGCUUUCUGCUUUGGGAGAAAUCCGUUUUGUGGAGACUGACAUCUCCAAGUCAGAGGAUGUGCAAAACCUCAUUGAGCAGACAGUCAGCGCCUUCGGCAAAUUGGACGUGGCAAUCAACAAUGCGGCAAUGUCUCCCGACCAGACUCCCCUGAUUGACUUUGACGAGUCUUAUUGGCGCAGAUUGAUGGAUGUCAGUUUGACUGGUACCGCGCUAUGCUGUAAAUAUCAGAUGCAGCAAAUGAAAAAGCAGGGCUCAAAGGGUUCUAUUGUCAAUAUUGCUUCCAUCAACGCAUAUUCACCACAGCCAAAUAUGCCAGCAUACACGGCGGCUAAGCAUGCACUGCUAGGCUUGACCAAGCAUGCGGCAACUGAAGGUGGUCCUAAGGGGAUCAGAGUUAACGCCAUUGCGCCUGGAGCAAUCUUCGUAAGCUUUUCCCAUUCUGUAAGUCAGAGAUGGUCUAACAAGAGCAGAGUGAAAUGUCAGUUGCGGCGUUGGAGAUCAUGGGCACCACCCAUGAUGAGUUUGCGCCCAAGGUUAGCAGCUUAA